AUGGCUGAAUCUUCUCCUUCACCGUCACCACCACCUUCAUCGACGCCCUCCUCAUCACCAACGACGCCCUCGACCAACCCACUGCCAGCUCAGUCUGCAGCGUCCGUUCAGUCCCUCAUGUCCCUCGAAUCAGUAGCAUCGGUAGCGUCGGUCGCCAGCGUCAGUCAAGCCUCGCUAGCAAGUCUGAGCAACGCAACAGCCUCUUCAUCCUCCCCAACGUCGGACCCUCCAACCUCAUCAUCAGGGUCAGCAACAGGUACGCCCACUUCCACUUCGGCCUCGGCCUCCCCUCCAUCCUCUGCGUCCUCAUCCCCUUCCUCCUCCUCGCCCACUUCCUCCUCAGCAUCCCCAACAUCACCCACAUCCCCAACCUCGACUCCCUCCCAAUCGACACCCACCAGCUCCCCUUCAUCACCCACCAGCUCCCCACCGUCCAGCCCCCCAACGUCCUCCCAGCCACCAACAAUCUCCCAGCAAGUCACAUCCCCAUUCACCUCCAGCGGGUUCCUCUUCGGCCCCACAUCUACCUCCUCACCAGGGAGCAUCACCCCCGGCGCGUCGACCCCCACAACCCUCCCAACCAGUACGCUCACAUCCGGAAUCUCCCUCGCACUAAGCACAGACUCCAACGGCCAAACAUCAUUCACCUUCCCCACAUACCUUACGAUCGUUUCCCAAUCUACGUCCACCUAUGGACCGAGUGUGACAGAGUGGGUCGUUGGUGGGAGCCAGACGUUUGAGAGCACGCUACCCGGUGGGGGGGUCGUUUUUACCGUUACGCAGGUGGUGGCGAACCCUACGGGGGACUUGAACCAGGCUGGAGCGGGGACGAGUACGAACCAGUUCUUCCACAACACAGGCGCCGUCGCAGGGGUAUUCGUCGUCGCCGGUAUCCUAGUAGCGGCGGUGCUUGCCGUCCUAGGCUACCUCUUCUGGCGGAGAAGGAAACGCGCACUCGCUGCUGCGGAGAAUCCGUUCGAGGCAGCAGGACCCCAGCCUCGUCGGCCGUUCGAAGCGUCGGACGAAGACCUCGCUGGCGCCCCUGCUGCUGCUGCUGCUGCUGCGGCAGCCACGACACCCAGGUGGAGCGGGCAGUAUCAGUCUGUCACUAACCCUACCGACGCGCAUAUGAUGCAACAGUAUCGCGAGCGAGACGCGGCAAUUGCUGCUGCUGCCGCUGCGGGGCAUUAUACGCCUUUCUCCCGCCAGCCGGGGAUGGGGAUGGGGAUGACGCAAGUGCAGACGGGCUCUCCCUUUGUCCCCGUCACCGGUGGUCUACCUACUGGCGCAGCGUUGGGUGCAGGGGCGUAUGCGGCUAAUAUUGGGGCGCAGUCGGACUCUGCUACUGCGGCUUCGGAUCAGUAUUCCACUCCCACUCCGGAGGGGACGAGUAGCACCAGUGCCAGUGCGCAGAUGCAGAUGCAGAUGCUCCAUUCCCGUCAGCCGUCAGACGAGAGCCGGUAUGCCGACAAUGACAACUACGCUUAUGCGGGGGCGGCCGUAGGUAGCAGCGGGGAGUUCGACCCGUAUAAGGGUUUCGCUACUGGCUCGAGCGCGAGCGCGGAGGGCCACGGUCACGGUCACGGUCCUGCACCCCCGGCGGCAGCGGCGUACCACGACGACCCCGAUCAGCCGUAUGUGGACGAGCCGCACCCGGAGGACGCCGGGUUCUGGAAAAGACGCGCAGCUUGGGAAACGAGUUUGCCACAUGGGGACGCGGACGCGGAUGGGGAUGGGGAGGGUGAUGGGGACGCGGAUGGGGAGGAAGGGUUGGACGAGCCGGAACGAGCGCUUAGGGUGGGUCUUUUUUGA